AAUAAAACAUUUAAAUGAAUCAGUGUCAUAGAAUUACAUCAUCGAAAAAUCAUGAGUUGAUCUUUCUAUUUCCGAAGCUAUAAGAUAAGGUCGUGUAAAGAUUUGAACAAGUUUGAAUACAUUACUAUUUAUCUAUAGAGCGAUUGUACGUGUGAUUGAUCAUAUUUGCUUGAGUGCAGGAAAUGUUAUCAAAAGUGUAAAUGUACAGCGAGAGCAAAUAUUAUUGAGUAUUGUUCUUAAGGCACCUUUCUGUCCACAUAAACACGUGUGUAGAAACAGUUAUGUAGAAUUUGCAUUUUAAGUAGAAAUUAUAAGGAAACUCAAAUAGCGAAGAAUGAUACGCUCUUUACUUAUUUAACUAACAUCUGACUGAUUGAGUCUGAUUGCAAGUAGUCCGAUGUUUCACCUCUGGCACCUAUGGCGAUAUCAGAUGAGUAACGGAGUGUCAAACUACAUACCAAAAAGUUACUUAAUCCGCAUAAACUUUCAUUAAUGAAUAAAUCUUUUGUUGUUCAUCGAUUUGCUAUCUUUUUUAAGAGACCGGUGUACUCAGUGUCAGCUGUCAAGCAAUGAUUGAUAAGCAAGGCUGAUUGUGGAGACCGCCUUUGAAACCGUAUGAAGUUCGGUACGCGGCCUUGAAAACAUUUAGGCACCUGCCUGAGAUUUUAAAAGGGUUUCUUGAAGCGUUCAUUUAUCUUUUACCUCUAUCAAAUACAUUUCAUACGUUACCAAUUGUUAUAAAAUUGGGCGUUUCCUGAUUUGGAUUCUAUCAAGUGGAAACUCCUCAACAUAAUUUAUUGUUAAUUAUCAGGCAUGAGAUUCAAUCCGGCACCUUUGACACGUUUAUUGGCCAAAUAUCAAGAGUUAAACUUGAAAUAUCACAGGACUAAACACAAUUUACUACCUUGGAAUUACACAGGCUUUUGGUAAGCGAGCGAAACUCAAAAGAUUUGCGUGAAAAAUUCGAUGAUGUAUUUUAAAUGAUGUUCACGAAACUGAACAAACGUCUUCUGUCAGUUUUAUGCGCUACGUUUAUCAUUGUGAGUGUCCUUCCUGUCAUUUCUUCCUUUGAUUUUCACGGUUCGUUUCACAAAUGUUUAUUUAAAUGAGAAUGAUUCGUGUGAGGUAGCCGUUGUCUCUGUUCGAGUCACGAGGGUGGAUCGCCGGCUUGGAGGCGCAUCGUGCGGGUCCUAGCCUUGUUCAUUAUGAACUACCCAACAAUACAGUAUUUAUCUCUUGCAAACAAUUCAACAUAUUAACGUUUCAUUAUUUAUUGCACCUUGUAAAUUAUUUCACAAGGCAAAUAACUACGCAUUUAUUUAUUGUCAAGUGCACGCUGAACUGUUAACAUGUGUUUAUAAUUAGAUCUGCAUAAUUAUCUAGGAAUCUUUUGUGGAGUAGUUAACUCUUUUUCUUUUGUAGCGAGUUUUAUAUUGGUCUAAUAUUGUUCCGGGAGUGAUGAGUUUGAAUAUUUGAAGUAGAACUUUGGUAUUUACUGUGCAAGUUGAGUAACUGUGGGUUGAAAUUUUGUUUCCGGACUUAAUUGUUGUGAUAUCGAGUUACAUAUACGCGUAUAACAUUAAAAUGAUUUGACGAUGUCUUAGCGUGUGCGAGGAAUCCCUCUGCCCAACCAAAUUCAUUCAGACAGUCUUAUGUUACUGGUGUAAAAAUAGAGGUGCGAAAAUGACGGACAAGUUACAUGAAUACCAGGGCUUGACGGGUCGGUUGCACGGUGCCCGGGACAGGUAUAAGGAGAGGUGGUCGCAAUGGAAGGAGCAGCAUCCCCGGGGCAUUCGAGACGCAUUUGCAGAGACCCUGUUCGGGAUACCCAACUCUGAUGACGGCCCUGAGAGAGUCUGGCAGGAUAGUGCGUACAGUGAUCUGUAUAGGAGAAAAAGUCGCAUCGAGCUGAUGCGAAUAUCGGCAGCUGUGAUGGGGAUCGAGUUCUCUUACGCGGGCGAAACGGCCUUCGUGUCACCAACGUUGCUGCAGAUCGGGGUCCCUCAUCAGCAAAUGACGCUGGUGUGGGCCCUCUCACCUCUUAUAGGGUUCUUCAUGACUCCACUACUGGGAUCCUUGAGUGACCGCUGCCGAUCUAGCUUCGGAAGACGAAGACCCUUUAUUCUAAUGAUGUCACUAGGAGUACUUAUUGGUCUUAUUUUAGUGCCUAAUGGGGAAGAUUUAGGCUACGCCCUUGGAGAUGAGUUGCCGCUAAACAGGACAGACGUGCCAUCGGCGCUGGGCCCUCGCAGCCAAGCUCUGGACACUGCCAACAGCAACUACCAUCCCUGGGGCGUGUUCUUCACUGUCCUUGGCACUGUAUUCUUGGACUUCGACGCCGACGCCUGCCAGAGCCCGGCCCGCGCUUAUCUACUUGACGUGACAGUUCCAGAGGACCAUGCUAAGGGUCUGAGCACAUUCACGGUGAUGGCUGGUCUUGGCGGCUUCAUGGGGUACGCGCUCGGCGGGAUCAACUGGGACGACACGAGAUUAGGUGAAAUCUUCGGGGGUCACGUCCGGGCCGUAUUUUCCCUCAUCACCAUAAUAUUCGUGGUGUGUGUGUCGGCAACCAUCACCAGCUUCAAGGAGAUCCCUCUGACGGAGCUUAACGAGCAGGAGGAGUUCCGCAGGCAGGCGGAGAGCCAGCGAGCACAGGAGAGCUUCGAUGAGGAAGGUCCGGAGAAGAACUUGAAAAGGGAGAAUGCUACCUACGGGUCGCUGAACCAGCCAGAGAGCGGAGUGGCCUUGAACUCCUUGGAGAGUGCUCCCAAGACAGAGUCCCUGUCUCUAGUCCACUACCUCAAGUCCAUCGUGAUGAUGCCGAGCUCCUUGCGUGUCGUCUGCCUCACCAACCUGUUCUGCUGGAUGGCUCACGUCUGCUACUCCCUGUACUUCACUGACUUCGUCGGCGAAGCUGUCUUUGGAGGAGAUCCUGCGGCGCCUGUGGGAAGUGUAAGCCGCACGGAGUACGAGGCUGGCGUUCGUUUCGGCUGCUGGGGCAUGGCCAUGUACUCACUGUCCUGUGCUUGCUACUCCACCAUCAUCGAGAGGCUAAUCAAACGGCUUGGUGCCAAGACAGUGUACGUGGGUGGUCUGUGCACGUACAGCUGCGGCAUGGUGGCGCUGUGCGCUAUCCGCGGGCGCGCCGCCGUGCUGGUCUGCAGCUGGGCGGCCGGCGUCAUGUACUCCACGCUCUUCACCAUGCCCUACUUACUUGUGGCGCAUUAUCACGCUACUGGCAUGUGGGACAGCGGCGGUGGUGGUUGCGGUGCGGCUCGCGGUGUGGGCACAGACGUGGGCGUGGUGAGCAGCUGCGUGUUCGUGGCGCAGCUGCUGGUGUCGCUGGGCAUGGGGGCCGCGGUGCGCGCCGCCGGCUCUACCGCCGCCGUCGUGGCCGCAGCUGCUGCCCUCGCCGCCGCUGCUGCAGUCACCGCUACGAAAAUCACAUACCUUGAUCUUUAGGCUUUUCUGGAACUGCUGUUGGCUGAAAACGUACAGUAUUUUAAAGCGUAUUCAUCUUAUAAUGGGGUCUAUUCUUCCAUUCCUUCGUGUUGAUUAAUAGUAUGCAAUUAUAUUUACUACAAGUUAUAGUAGUAUCCUGAAACCUAAUAAAUGGGACAUCGUGGACUUCUAGGUUGAGCCACGAGAUCCUGUAAAAACCUCAAACAAUGACUUCGCCGUGGCUUGAACGAUCUAAUGUAUGAAUUUAUGAUCUAAUGUAUGGUAAACGCUGGUCGUCACUAAGUCGCGAGUGGUUUUAGGAAGAAUUCUACUUUGAGAAGUAAGUCUGGUAUCUUCUCAUACAGAGAAGAAACCAUUGAACCUACCUAUCCUGCUUGGCUACUAUUUCUGCAGAUCAGAGGGAAUAUAUUAGAAUCAUAUAAUAGCACGCAAUAAAUUUAAGUAUCAACAUGACUAAACUUGAAGUCGUGUCCUCAUGCAUGAGUCAGCCACAUUAAACUCCAAUGUUGCAGAAACUGCCGUUCUGCGGCUGUAUCCCAUCUAUUUGCGCGAGUAAUAUCCAAUUUGACCAAUCGGGAACAACGACUUCCGCGUCCUAUUCGAGCGUGUGAAACAUCACUAUUGGUUUCAAUUGCGAUUCUAGAGUAGUCUUCAAUGAUCUCUGUAAUUUAAUUUGUACUGGUUUAAUAGAAUAUGAGCUCUCUAAAACCUGGCUGUAGCUACAUAUCACUUUUUGAAUUGAUAUUUUAUCAGGUUAUACGUGAUCUCUCUUUAACGAAAUGGUGUUUUUAAUGUUAUAACUUUACUAUAUAAAAAUUACAGUAGGUACAUACAGUAAUGAUUUCGUAGAGUCGAGUUAAACCACUCACCCCGCUCCCAAAGUUGAUUAUCUGCCUUAAUCAAGUUCAGUAAUUGUCUUAGCCUUUGUCGUCUACAGAAGCGAGACAAAACAUUUUCUGAUAUAAUUAAUGUAAAUGGAUAUUGUGGAGACAUCCAAAUUAUGAGACAAACGUAUUAUGUUAAAGUCGAAAAGUUUGUAUCAUAACUUUAUGAUAGUUUUUAUUAGAUAUUAUUGCGGAUGUAUUUUAAAAUUAAAUAUAACUAUAUUUAUUAUUCGCUUACCACAAAUAUCAGUAAUACAGAAACAAUUUGUUAUUUUUUUUUUUAAAUUUCGCUGCUGCCCAGAAUCUCUUUGUCUAAUAAGUAAUCUUAAUUUAAGUUAUCGGGUGGUGUCUUUAUUGAAACGUUAUGUAAAUGAAAAUGUUUAACUGCUGUAAAUAAUGUUAAAUAAGAAACAUGAUGUUGUUCCGUAUUUUAUUGUGGAAACUAAGAACCUUUGUGAAGGGCUCACUUGCUAACUAUCGUCAUAUAUUGAGUUGAGGCUAAAAACCAUGUAUUUCAGCGUCUCCAACUAUAUAAAUAUCAUGUUUCAUAUGAAAUCUAGCUACGUAUAAUCAAUUUGUUUAUUUUCCAACAGUGAAAAUAUUAGUGUUUAUGGUUCUUAGCUAAUUGUAGUAGUCGAUAUAAUACUGUGUAUAAAUGUAUAUGUAAUAAAUGUUAGAACACUUAUCGAUACAAAUUAUGGUCGACAAUAAAAUCAUUUAAUAGGUAGUCAAACGGUUUCAUGAAUGUGUUUUUGUCGUAAAUCCUAUUUUAAAACCUAAAUAAACCAUUUUUGAAGUAUUUUUAUUAAGUUUUAUGCUCAUAACAUUACGUUUUCUUAUCAAUUGGAAUGUAACCAAAAUAUCAAAAUAGUCCGACGGAUAGAUUUGCAAAAAUUUCAGAUGUAGUUUUUUUCUGUUUACGCAUAUACAAAAGUUGAAAUCUAGUGUGACGUCACUUACCAGUCGACUUUUAUUAGAGGUUCUUAGCCCCUUUCCAUUCAUCCAUCAUUGAUCCAUUUGUAUUAGCAUUUUCCUUGAUUUUAUGAAACAAAAUCUACCUGAUGGACUAAUUUCAUCUUUGUUUAAGAUAAGACAGAAAAAUAGAAUCUAAAGGCCGAUUUUUCAAUCGCCAGAUAAUUUUUAUUCGAU